AAGGUAUCUUUAGAUUUCUGGAGGCGGUCACACUAUCUGGACAUAUUGUUGUCGUGCUGUCAAAAAAAACUAAAGCUAAAAAAUAACUAUUCUCAGGAACAAAAACUUGCUUAUUAGUAAAACUAAAGCAUAAUACGGUCAAACGAUUCUAUAAAUAUGACCAAAAAAGACGAUAAGUCGCAGCCGCCAGAGGAGCUGGUCAAAGUAAACAAGUGGGACGGAUCGGCGGUUAAGCACGCCCUUGACGAUGCUGUCAAGACCUGUUUGUUGGGCGAUCGGCCUCAGUUGAAGGAACAAUUCGGGCUGGUCAACACCCGAUUAGCCCUGUGCGCCUUGGCAGUGGGCGUGGCUAUUAUGGCCCAUGCUUGGGACUUCACCCAUCCCUUUCCCCAGUCCAGACCAGUCCUUAUGUUCAGCGUCCUGGCUUACUUCGCACUGAUGGGUGUACUAACUCUGCAUUCCAGUUUCCGUGAAAAGGGCACAUUUGCCGUGGCCGUCCAGAAGGAUAAGGAGCGCGAGCGCAUUUGGGAGGCCAGUUCGGAUAUGCGCAAAUACGAUGACAAGUAUUUGCUGACCCUCAGCGUGCGAGAUGUACGAAGCGGCAACCGCCGUGAGCAGACCAGCAACAAAUCUUGCGCCGCUUUCAUUGAUCAGAACGGCAUCGUCCUGGAUAACCUUGUGGCUAAUGAGGUUAAUCGCUUGUAUAACUCCUUGGCUGCCGAGAAGAAAGACAAAUAGCUAAAAACAGAGACAGUCUAAGCAGUCCACUAUUCUUUUAAAUAAAAAUAAAAUAAAAUACAUGAAUAUA